AUGCCGUCGUCGUCGUCGGUGCCGGGCAGGCCGGAGAAGGCCGCAACCACGGCUGCGACUGCGAGCAGCACUUUCCACGUGCUCAACUCUGGGGGACAUGGGGCGUAUGUGCGUUCGCCGCCGGUGCCCGCCAUCGGCGGCUACGGCGCCUAUCCAAGCACCGGCACCGGCGUCGGCGUCCCGGCGCAUACUCCCGGCGGAGCGCUUGCCCCGCAGAUGCUGCAGCAGCUUAUGAUCUUGGCUGGCUGGGGUACCCGCCCGCCAUGGCUCCACAACUACGCGUCCAUGUCCCCGCGGGGCCAGCCGCUGCUGCUCCCCUCUGGGCCUGGAGGCAGCGGCGGCGGCGGCGCAAUAAGCCGCCGCAGGCCGCCAAACGUGACGCCACUGCAGAUUGCCGCCGCCGGCACGGGAUCAGCAGCUUCAGGUAGCAAGAAGAAGGCCGCGUCUCCAGCGAAAAGCCAGGCCGCAGAUGGCGCGGUGCAGCGGCUGCCCCCUGUGCUCGCCAUGCCGACGACUGCUGGCGCCCAAGGGACGGCCCGCGUCCGGAGGCGCAAGGACAGCGACAAGCCGGAGUCGUCCAGGAAACCCAGGCAGAUCAGGGCCGCCGGCAAGCAGCCGGGUCCGCACGCGCAAAGCAACCAUCUUCAGAUCGUUCCUGCAGUUUCGCCGCCGCCAGGCAACAUCGUCAGGAAGAGGAAGAGCGCUGCGGCUGCCUCGUCGAGCAGCGUCAGAUGUAACCUGGUGGUCGCCAGGGGGAGGAGCGUGGUGGCGGCGGCGAAGAAGCACACCGUACUGACGUGGCUGAUCGACGCCGGCUUCCUGUCCGACAGAGAGAAGGUGUUCUACGUCCCAGGGGACGGCGCCGGCGCCGCCGAGAAGGUGGUCUCGGGCGCGGUCACCCGGACGGGCGUCCACUGCAGCUGCUGCGACGGCGUCGUGCCGCUGCCGGUGUUUGCGGCCCACGCCGCCGGGCAGCGCGAUCCCGGGCAGCGGCCGUGGGAGAAGCUCCUGCUCGUCUCCGGCAAUUCCCUCCUGCGGCGCAUGCAGGAGGCGUGGGAGAGGGAGAGGGUCAGGACCUUCCAGUCGCAGGAGAAGCUGAGAGCCGCGCUGGAGCAGGACAAGGACAAGAGCGCGCAGGCCAAGAGGAGGCUCCUGGCAAAGCACAGGAAGGGGGGCAUCGCCAUGUCUCCAAGGAUGAAGCUGAGGUUAGGGGAGACCAAGGACGCAAGCGACGACGCCUGCGGCGUCUGCGCUGACGGUGGGGAGCUCCUGUGCUGCGACAGCUGCCCCUCCACCUUCCACCCGGAGUGCCUCGCCAUCAAGGUUCCAGAGGGGUCGUGGGCGUGCCACUACUGUCGAUGCAUCCUGUGCAUGGGAAGUGAUGAGCAGGGCCUGUCCACAUGCCAACGAUGCAGUAGCAAGUACCAUCAGCACUGCCGUCCCUUGCUGAACAAUGGGCACGAUAUCGGGGCGUACUGCAGCGAGGCCUGCAAGAAGCUGUCUGCUCAGCUGUCAGAUAUGAUAGGAGUAACGAACCCCACCCAAGAUGGUUUCUCAUGGUCCCUCUUGAAGAUUCAGAAAGACGAACUGGACGGUUCCCAGGACAUGCCUUUCGUCCUUGAGGGCAAUCUGAAGCUUGCGGUGGCGCUUGGCGUGCUGAAUGAGUGCUUUAACCCUGUGAAAGAUCGAAGAACUAACAUUGAUAUGCUCCAUCAAGCUGUUUAUAGCCUGGGGUCAGAGUUUAAACGUCUAAGCUACGAAGGAUUCUACACCAUGAUUCUAGAGAAGGAUGGAGAGAUCAUUUCAGCAGCCUUGCUGAGGUUCCAUGGCAGAAAGAUGGCGGAGAUGCCUUUCGCAGGCACGCUGCCGACUUACCGGAAACAGGGAAUGAUGCGUCGCCUUGUGAAUGCUGUGGAGCAGGUGUUGGCGUCAGUGCAAGUGGAGAGGCUGGUGAUACCGGCUAUAGCUGGUCUAGUGGACACAUGGAAGAGGUCCUUCUCCUUCAGGCCCCUGGAGCCCCAGUUGAGGGAGGACAUCAAGAGGCUCAACCUGGUGGUGAUCACCGGCACCACCCUGCUCUACAAGUCCGUACAAGCGCCACUAACCGAUGACGAGUUGGCGUUCCUGGAGAUGGAGCGGCCCUUGGGCAGCUUCACCGACCUGCUCGCCGGCAACGUGUCCCUGCACGAGCUGGUGGUGGUCACUGGCAAGUCGUCGUCGGUUCCUGGAAGCAUCAGCAGCGCCGCCGCCCCACCGCCAGCGGCCAGCGGCUGGCGUUCUUGCGGCGAGGCGAGCGCGAUGGCGACCCUGCAGGCUGCCUACGCGCACGGCAACGCCGCCAGUAAUCUUGUCCAUGGCAUGAAGUGA